UUAUUCAGUAUUUCGGAAUGACGUCAUCAAUAUUCUGCUCGUCCACCUGUUUACAUUUAAGUUUAAACUCCAGGAGUCCGCGAGUUUCUGUAUAAACGCUUUACACGGAUCUUACAAACGCUUCUGAAAAUGAGCGGAAACGUCGAUUCAACAUUAGAAGCCGAGAUAUCAGCUGGGAUGGAAGUCCGGAUCAACCGAAGAAACUUUCCCAUCAACUUGUGGAAUUUGGUGAAUGAUCCUCGGAUUUGUUCAAUCUGCUGGGAUGACAGUGGGGAAGGAAUCCUGAUCUGUCCAGAGUCCUUCAAAGCUGAAGUGCUGUCUAAAGCCAACAAGGAGAAGAUCUUCAGAACUACUAAUUUCAUCAGUUUUGUUCGUCAGCUAAACCUGUAUGGCUUCAGAAAAGUUUGCCCAGAUUAUAAGAUCUCGUUGAAGCAAGUCGGCUUCAUACAGCACUUUUACAACCCGAACUUCAAACGGGCAAACCCGGAGCUUCUGGCAAAGCUACAGAGACUCACACCUUCCAACAGGGCCAAGCUUACCACUGGGCAAGAUGUCUCCAACCACCCAAGUACUUUUCAUCCAGUGCUGAAUUCACCCGACAUCUCUGCUGUGGUCGAGAACCAUAGCUGUAUCCCAGGAGCUUUGGAUCCCAACAUGCCCUGCUCCCAACAAGAAGUUGCCUCCUCUGCUCAUUGUGGCUAUUAUCCUAACCACUUAUUGUCCAGGACUCAUUUAGCCACCUCCAGUACACUGGCCAGGAUCCAAACUGUGAAUCAGCUGAUGUCCAGGACGACACAUUUAGCCACCUUCUGUACACUGGCCAGGAUCCAAACUGUGAAUCAGCUGAUGUCCAGGACGACUCAUUUAGCCACCUCCAGUACACUGGCCAGGAUCCUAACUGUGAAUCAGCUGAUGUCCAGGACGACACAUUUAGCCACCUCCAGUACACUGGCCAGGAUCCUAACUGUGAAUCAGCUGAUGAUCAGGACGACACAUUUAGCCACCUCCAGUACACUGGCCAGGAUCCAAACUGUGAAUCAGCUGAUGUCCAGGACGACACAUUUAGCCACCUCCAGUACACUGGCCAGGAUCCAAACUUGGAAUCAGAUGAUGUCCAGGACGACACAUUUAGCCACCUUCUGUACACUGGCCAGGAUCCAAACUGUGAAUCAGCUGAUGUCCAGGACGACACAUUUAGCCACCUUCUGUACACUGGCCAGGAUCCUAACUGGGAAUCAGCUGAUGUCCAGGACGACUCAUUUAGCCACCUUCUGUACACUGACCAGGAUCCAGAUCCCAGGAAGAGUCACAUGAACCUGGACACUGUAUUCAAUGCAGAAGAUGCAAUGCAGGCUGCUGAUUUCUUCACUCUGCUUGACUUGUGAAGACAGUUAAAUAUCAUUAAUUAUUGAUAUUAUAUUUAUUUAUAUUCAUUUUAUUUAUUAUAUUUAUUUAUUUAUAUUAAAUAUUUCUAAUCAUUACGCCAUCUCUUGUAUUAUU